CACCAAUACUAGUGAUUUAUUAUAGAUAUAAGCUACCGCAAUAAGUGAAUAGUAACAAUUGCAUGCUGAUUGCUUAAUAAUCUUAACUCUUAGUAGGCAGAAAAAAUUAGGCUAAUAUCAGAUCGCGUCAAAAAUAGGGUGCAAUUACUUUAACCAGUAGGUAAGGAACUAACGAUAGUGAGUAUAUACAUAGAUAAGCAUGGUGUAAAUAUAGUAGAUAAUGUCAGUAAAGAAGGAAUAUAUUAAUGCCAGUGAUUUGCCGGGUAUAACAACCAACAGUGAAGGUAUCAGCUCGCGUUUUAAGGUUAAUGAUUUACUUGCUUUGAAUGAUCCAACUAAGUCAUAUUUACUGCCAUUAGCUGUAAUAGCCUUAAUAGAUUUAAAUGCAUUUUUUGCUCAAGUAGAACAAAUAAGAUUGAAUUUAAGUCCAGAUGAUCCUGUAGUAUGUGUUCAGUGGCAAUCACUCAUUGCUGUAUCUUAUGCUGCUAGAAAAUAUGGAAUUGGUAGAAUGGAUUCAGUCAAGACAGCUAAAGAAAAAUGUCCAAAUGUUAUUCUUGCUCAUGCUGCUGUAUUUAAACAUGGAGAAUCUCAUUGGAAAUAUGUUGAAGGUGUCCCAUUUCAGGCACAAUAUAAAGUAUCGCUUGAUCCAUACAGACGAGAGAGUCGAAAGAUUAAUAGAAUAUUAAAGCAACACUGUGAUCUUGUUGAAAAGGCAAGUGUAGAUGAAUCUUAUAUGGAUUUCGGUAGAUUGAUAUUUGAAAAGCUAUUACAACUUUUCCCAAAUAUAUUGGAUAAUAAGAGUCCAGAUGAAUAUUUAGAUUCAAUACCGAAAACACUUCCAAAUCUGCUUAUGUGGAUAGGAGAGAUUAUUAAAUCUCAGGAAGAGGAAAAUGAGAUAAGAGAGUUAGAGAUUCGAAAUAGUUCACAAACACAACUAGGAGGAACAAUUGGAGUUACUGAUUGGGAUGAUGUUUGUAUGAUAAUAGGUUCUCGAAUCUUAUUUGAUAUUCGUAGAGCCAUAUUUGAAGAAUUAGGUUAUACUACAUCGGCUGGACUUGCUAGAACAAAGCUGAGUGCAAAAUUAGCUGCUGGGUUUAGAAAGCCUGAUAAUCAAACUAUUAUAAGAAAUUGUCUGAUUGCAAACUUUUUCCUGAACUUUCAAAUAAACGAUUUUACUGGAUUUGGAGGGAAAAGUGGAGAUGAAGUAGUUAAUAGAUUAAGAGUAGGUCCAGAAGAUAAUUCAAUUAAAUUUAUCCGAGAAAAUUUCACAUUAGAAGCCAUAGAAGAAGAAUUACAUGAAGAUUUAGCAUUUGCAAAGAGAGUUUAUCAAACUGUUCGAGGGGAUUAUCGUCAAGAAUUAAUAAAUAGAAUGGAAGUUAAGUCUAUGAUGUCUAGGAAGAAUUUCUUAGUAAAGUAUCCAGUUUGUAAUUUAAGUGAUGCCAAUGGAUGGUUACAAGUAUUUGCUAGUGAUUUAUAUGGUAGAUUAAUUGAAUUAGAUGAUCAAAGUUUAAAUUUAGGAUUACUGCAAGUAUCAGAAAAGGAUAAAAGAACUAUAAAUAGACCUCGAACUUUAAUGUUACAUUUAAAUUUAGCUAAUGGAAGUAAAUUUUCUAAACAAUGUGGAAUAAGUGUUAUGAAAUCUUUAGAAAAAUGUCAAGAACAAUUUAAGUCUGCUAGUGAAAGAUUACUUAAAGAAAUUCUUGAAGCUAAUACAAAUAUGGCUUUAUUAAAUAAUGGUAAAUCAUUAAAGGAAUUAAUUAAUUCAAAUGUGAUACCUUCAACUAUAAAUAUUCCUCCUGUAUCAGCCAUGUCUAUAACCAUCUCGAAUUUUGUUAAGACAACAGAUUCAAAUUUAAUUGAUAGUUAUGCUGAACUGAAGGAUACAAGAAGUAAUCUUAAGAGAGAAUUUGAAGAAAUAAAUCAAGAGGUAUCCGCAAGGAAACUACUAAAGGAGAAUGGAAAUACAAGUACAAGUCAGAUUUCUACCAUAGAUAAAGAAUACAUUAAUCGACUAUUUACAGACUUUAAUAAUAAUCAACUAAGUAAUUUCAAACUCCAAAGUCCCGAACUAGACCAUGAAGAACCCCAGAAAUCCAAACCAGAUUCGGAAUAUAUAAAGAAACUCUUUGAUGAAUUUAAUUCCUCAAAUGAACUUGCAGCUGUAGUUGAUAAAAGACCAUCUAAAAGUCCACCACCACCAGUGAUUUCUCAUAAGAAGAAAGGCAGUAUUGAUAUAUUACUGUCUUUAACGAAGAAGAAGAAAUCUGAUGGAGAUUUUCUACAGGAACUUAUAGAGAGUAUGCACUGUAAUUUGUGUAAUAUUGAUAUUACAGAUGCUUUAGAACAUAAUGAUUUCCAUCUAGCUAUUGAUCUCUCCAAAAGGAUCAAUGGAUAAUAAAUAUAAAUAUAAAUAUAAAU